AUGGAUUAGAAUAUUAUAUAAUUAACACAAGAUUAGAAAGCCAAAUUGCAUUAAUUAAAAUAGAGUGUAUACAUAGAGGCAUAGAAGCUAUUGAGAGAUGAUUUAAUACAAAAAUAUACAGAUUAAGCCCAUUUGCUUAGAUUAUUGAUAGCUAAAGAUUGGAAAUUAGACGAGGCUUGGGAACAAUGGAAUAGGUGGGUGGAAUGGAGGAAACAAUAUAAGGCAGAUGAUAUUAAAAUUGAAGAAAUUAAAAAGGAACUUGAUAUGAACAAAACAUUUUGGAAUGGAUAAGAUAAAUUGGGGAAUCCUUGUUUAAUCAUCAAGGCUAGAAGACAUUUCCCUGGAUAAAGUGAUCCUGAUACCCUGAUACGAUAUAUGCUCUAUAUGAUUGACAUUGGCAUUGAAAGGGCAGAAUAGGGAGGCACUGGUAAAAUCACUGUCAUCUGGGAUAGAGAAGGAGUUACUACUAAGAAUUUUGAUUCGUCCAUGUUCAAAAUCAUUAAAAGGAUGAUAACUCUUGUUUAAGACAACUAUGCUGAGCGAUUGCAUCAAGCAUACAUUCUAUAUCCGAACUUUUUAUAUAAAACUGUGAUGACUAUCGUCAAACCUUUCUUAAGUGAGAGAACUAAAUAGAAAAUUAUUUUAUGUAAUGAAUUUAAGGAUCUAUAUCCAUAUUUUGGAGAGAACUUCAUUAUUUCUGAUGGGAUUGGAGAUGAACAAAUCUAAUAAUUGUAGGACAACAUAUAAGAUUAAUAGUAAAUCGAGUCCUUUAUAUAAUAAUAAUUAUUAUAAUAAUGA